AUGGGCGCUGUAGCCAACAAGUCGGCUGAUCUCGAGAUCGCUCAGGCUGAGGCUCCUCACCUGGCACGAGUCGACUGGAAAUCCGACCCCGGUCUCAGGAAGCUCUACUUCUGGGCUUUUAUCAUCUGUAUCGCCUCCGCGACCACAGGCUACGAUGGAUCCAUGUUGAACAACCUGCGUAUCCUCGAAAGAUGGACGACCUACUUCAACGACCCCAAGGAGUCCACUCUCGGUCUCCUGACAGCGCUUUACUCGAUCGGUUCCAUUGCCUCGCUUCCGGUCGCUCCCUUCAUUGCCGAUCGCUUCGGCCGCAAGUGGGCUAUCGCUAUCGGAUGUGCUAUCAUGAUUGUUGGUGCUUCCGUCCAGGCCGCCGCAAAGAACCUCGACUACUUCAUGGGCGGGCGUUUCCUGAUGGGUUUUGGCAACUCCCUUGCCCAGCUCUCAUCUCCUCUGCUGCUUACCGAGCUCUGCCACCCUCAGCACCGUGCUCGUGUUACCGCCGUCUACAACUGUCUGUGGAACGUCGGUGCCAUCAUCUGCACCUGGUUGACCUUCGGCACUAAGCGCAUUGAGAGCGACUGGUGCUGGCGCAUUCCCGCUCUGACCCAGGCCUUCCCCUCCGUCAUCCAGUUGACUUUUAUCUGGUUCAUCCCAGAAUCUCCACGUUGGUUGAUCUCCAAGGAGAGGUACGACGAGGCUCUUGCCAUUCUCGGCAAGUACCACGCCAACGGCGACAUCAACAACCCCACCGUUCAGUUCGAGUACCAAGAGAUGAAGGAAACUAUUCGCCUCGAGUUCAUGUACAAGAAGACUUCCUCUUACCUCGACUUCUUCAAAACCAAGGGCAACCGGUACAGGCUCAUGCUCAUCGCAUCUCUCGGUCUCUUCUCGCAGUGGUCUGGCAAUGGUCUUGUCUCCUACUACGCGACUGAUGUCUACAAGUCCAUUGGUAUCACCGACGGCGACACCCAGCUCGGCCUCAACGGUGGUCUCACGAUUCUCUCGCUCAUCGUCUCUGUUUCCUGCGCUCUUCUCUGCGACAGGGUCGGCCGUCGCCCGCUCUUCAUCGCUGCCACUGCCUCCAUGUGUCUGACCUUUGUCAUCUGGACAAUCUGCUCUUCGCAGCAGGAGGCUAAGCAGAGCAAGGCUGCUGGUCAGGCUGUCAUUGCUAUGAUUUGGAUCUACUCUGUUGCCUACGCUCUUGCCUGGUCUGGUCUGCUCAUUGCCUACACCGUCGAGAUCCUGCCCUUCAAGAUCCGUGCCAAGGGCCUCAUGAUUAUGAACCUGUUCGUCCAGGUUGCUCUGACUAUCAACCAAUACGUCAACCCCUACGGUUUCGAGUUCCUUCACCCCACCUGGAAGUUCUACACCAUUUACGCUGCCUGGAUCUUCCUCGAACUCAUCUUCGUCGUCUUCUUCUACGUCGAGACCAAGGGUCCCACUCUCGAGGAGAUUGCCAAGAUCUUCGAUGGUGAUGAGGCCGAGGUUGCUGUCGUCGAUGCCGACAAGAUUGGCCAGGAUGGCUUCACUUCUGGCUACGAGAAGGAGGGAGACGUCCACGUUGAGUCUGUCAAGCACUAG